AGCCGGGCUCGAGUUCCAAUGCAGCGCUCCUGAUCGGAGGCGGCGAGGGGAUCGCGCGAGGGAGCAUAGCUUCCACAGCCGUGCCCUUUCCCCUGGCCGGCGGCCUCAUCCCACCCCCGGGAGAAGACGCCGAUGCCCUUCGCGGCCUGCUCGCGCCGCCGGCGCGGCGGCGAAGACGCGAUACCUCAGGAGGAGAGCGCCGUCCACGAGGUGGCGAGGGAAGCCGACGUCGAGACGCAGGGCCUGAAUCCGACCGCGGUCGACGAGCACUACGGCGCACUACCGCAGAAGCUGCGGAAGGCGGGCUCGGGGGAGCUCCCGCUGCUCCUCGGCCGGCUCGACGUGGCGCCGGGGGCGCUGCUGCGGGCGCUCCUGCUGGUGUAUGUUCUAUUAUUCUUCGUGAACAUAGUCGCGGACGCGGCCUACUUCGCAACGGUGGAUGCCAGGUUUCCUCCAGGCCUUGGCUACUUGUACCCCUCCGAGUGGGAGCGGCAGCAAUCAGUGGUCUAUACUCGGCAUGUACUCGCCGUCGGCAUGCUGCAACGUUCGGCGGUCUUCGGCGCAGUUCUCUUGUGUGUGUACUUCAAGGCAUUCGCGAGAGUCGACGCUGGUAUGCGCUGGCUCACUGAGUUCGUGGCGGCGCAGUGGGAGCAAGGUCCGUGCCAGAGGUUCUGUGGCGGCUCCAUCGGCGGCACCCUCUCGUGGUGCUACGAGAAACUCUGCGGCUUCCUGUACUGUAGCUGCGCCCCGUGCCGGUGGAUCGCCGCGGGCCUCGAGAGGUGCUGCUGCUGCUCCCCGGUGAAGUCGUGCCUCGCGGGCCACAGCGCGUGCGAGCUCCUCCACGGCAGCGUCUACCUCGGGCUCUUUGCGGCGUGUUUCUUCCUCAUCGGCGCUCCGUUCACUUACUGGAGAGCGAUGAUCGACUUGAAUUUCGGUUUUGCGAACGCGCUGACGGUUACACCGGCGGCCAUACGGGCCUCACUGGUGGGCCAGUUCGUGCACCUGCUGCUCUGGGGCAUCCCCGGCAGGGUCGUCUACCUGGCGGUCUUGCGCUUCCGCUUCGGCUGGCUGCUCAUGUGGGGCGGCAUGAUUGCGGCCAUGAUCAUCACUCACUACAACUUCUCGGCAAUUGUUCCCAAGAUUAUGGGCAUGAACAACGCGUUCCCCACUGACAACUUCGUUGUUGGACGAGGUUUUCCUCUCGUGGGCACGUCGAACAAAGCGCACCCUUGGGUGUCUUUGAACCGUAUCUUCUUCAACGUCUCCAGGUCGCCUGUCGCCAUCCUGGCGACGCAUGACUUGAGCCAGGGGCAGCUCGUGCUCGCCGCGGACUCGAACGGCUCCUGGGUCAUCGCGGGAAGGCCGGCAGGGCCCUUGGCCUCGGCGGUGCCGGUGUACGCUCGGUCCCAGGCGCGGGCGCCGCAGAACGCCAGCGCAGAGGAGCUCCUGAGCGACCUCGGGCGGCAGCGCUGGAGCGCGGGGGAGGCGGCCCCAGAGCGCGUGGGCGCCAGGUCCGGGAGGUCCCUGCGCGACAAGGUAAUGGGCUUUGCAAGGGAACGCAACAUCAGCAUCCACGAGAUCUACAUGGUGGACGGUAGCCACAAGGACGCGCGCGCGAACGCGUUCGUCGGCGGUAUCGACGGCUCCAUCAUCGGGCUCUACGACACGCUCUUCCUCGGGCAGCACGAGAACGACGGAGCGGAGGACGCUGUUCCCGCGACCCUGACCCUCCUCGGCGACGGGGGCGCUGGCAUGCUGAUGCUCAACGAGCUCGUUCAGGAGGUGGACGCGCCGGAGGAGGAGGGCGAGUCGGUCUGGAGCAGCACCCCCACGCAGGCCAUGACCGACGACGAGAUCAUCGCCAUCCUCGCGCACGAAUUGGCCCAUCCGGAUCUGGGCCACCUGCACCAGGGCAUGGUGAUGCAGGCGGCGAGCUCGCUGGUCACCUACGCGAGCCUCGGGUGGGCCGCGCACAGCCCGCUGUUCGCGGCAGCGCUGUCCCUCGGCGAACCCAUGGUCCACGUUGGAGCUUGCGCAUACGGCCACAUCGUCGGCCCACCUGUGGACGGCGUGGUGAAGUUCGUCUCCGACUGGUUAAUUCGGCGAAACGAGUACGAGGCGGACGCGUACGUGGCCAGGAUGUCGGACAAGUACGGCGCCGCCCUGCAGACAGCCCUGGCGAAGCUGAGCGUAAAUUCGAACCAGGACCCGGACAUGCCGGUCUGGUACGAGGCGCUGCACGCGGACCACCCCACCACGGCGAACCGCUGGGCCAACAUCGAAGCGGUACGCCAGGAGCGGGCGCGCGCGGCGGGGCGGGGCGCGUAGGGGGGGGACUCCCCCUUGCGGGCAGCGGCAAGUGGCGGUUGCGCGCUCCGCGUGCGCGAUGGUGCCUCCUUCCGGGUGCGUCACGUAGUUCCCUCCUUCGUCCGCGCAACCCCACCUGUUGGACGCCCCCGACUCCUGGCGUCGGCUGCGCGCAGG